AUGAACCAGACAGCCGAUUCGCCUCUCUUCAUCGCCGAGGAAGUCAUCUGCGCCUAUCCCAUCAGCACCUUCUACGACGCCUGUCCGCGCUACCUCUUCUACGCCCUCCUCCUCGCGACCUGCGUCACUCGCUGGACCGGCUGGCUAGCAGAUGUCUUUCUCGGUGCUGCCGCAACCUACGCCGGCACGGCUGCCAUCCAAGCCUUCAUCCUCGUGUCCAGCCGGCCGAAACUCCCCCCAUCUUCACCCAUCACCAUCCCCCUCGUCCCCAACACCACCAUCCUAUGGGAUGACUUCCCAGCCCUAAUCACCGAAACCGAUCUCCUCAACCUCACCCCCGCAGCCCUAGACCUCGACGCCGACGCCGUCCUCGCCAUUGUCGUAACCGCCUACCUAACCUUCCUCCCUCUCCAAUGCUGGUCCCGCGCCUUCUCCACCGAACGCGCACGCUACAUCCUCUUCUCCCUCUGGCACAUCCUCAUGCUCGCCGGCUCCAUCUGCGCCCUCAUCUACUGGCCCACCCUCCACAACACCCCACCCCAAUACACCUUCUGCUUCCCGGACCUCCCCCCCUCCACCACCGUCUCCAACGACGGCUGGGAACCCUGGCAACGCACCUCCACCUGGAACACCAGCAUCUGGACCAUCUUCUCCAACGCAUCCACCUUCGACCAACUCCCCGGCAUCUGCUUCUACCCCUGCUUCAACACCACCCAAGUCCUCCGCCAACCCACCUCCCUCGACGCCGUCAUCGCCACCGGCGACUACCGCGUCCACCAACGUAGCCGCUUCUGGGACGAGGUCAUCUACUCCCAACGCUACAUCUACAGCCUCAUCGUCCUAACCAUGGUCGUCAACGUCUCCCUCCUCCUCUUCUUCAAAAUCCUCCCUUACCACUCCCGUCUCCCUUCUGCACAGGUCCGCUGUAUCUGGGCCGCACGGAAAAUCAUCCUCCACGGACUGAAACAGGACUUUCGCUCUACGGUCUAUAUCUCCCGUCUCCAUCGCACGGAAGUCAUGGAGAAGACCCGACAGCGUUUAUCUGUCUGGACACCCGCGAGGAUACUAUUCACGCUACACGCCACUGGCCUGUGGAUCCGACAGCUUCUCGAUACGGUCAUCCUCUGCACGUUAGUGUUCAGUAUGAUUGUGAGUCCAUUGACGGUGAUUGCCUUCGUCGUCUGGAUCGAGUAUUAUAUCCACGAGGAUGGUCCGUCCCAGGAGACUCCGAAGCAGGUGGGGCAGUGGUCGCCGUUGGCGUCGAUCGGGUUUUUGCUUGUUUCGGCGGCGGUGUUGAAGAUGAAGUAUUGGGUUGCGGCGAGAGAGGAGCUGGAUGAGGAGAUUGGACGGAUGAGAGGGGAGUUGGAGAGAUUAGAGAAGAUGAGGGCUGAGAGGGGAGUUCAGGAAUCCUGA